AGUCCAAGUGCAGCCGCCGGCGCAAGAUGGGAUCCGGCCCCUCCAGCUACCGGCCCAAGGCCAUCUACCUGGACAUCGACGGACGCAUCCAGAAGAAGAGAAAAUUGAAGUGCAGAGAAGCUGAGCAGCUUGCUCAAGAGGUGGUCUUUAGCAAGUACUGCAACUCCAGCGACAUCAUGGACCUCUUCUGCAUCGCCACAGGCCUGCCUCGGAACACGACCAUCUCCCUGCUGACCACAGACGACGCCAUGGUCUCCAUCGACCCCACCAUGCCCGCAAAUUCCGAACGCACUCCCUACAAAGUGAGACCUGUGGCCGUCAAGCAGCUCUCUGAAAAAGAAGAGUUAAUCCAGAACGUGCUGACCCAGGUCGCAGAGCAAUUCUCAAGAGCAUUUAAAAUCAACGAACUCAAAGCAGAAGUUGCAAAUCACUUGGCAGUGCUCGAGAAACGCGUGGAAUUGGAAGGACUAAAAGUGGUGGAGAUUGAGAAAUGCAAGAGUGACAUUAAAAAGAUGAGGGAGGAACUGGCAGCCAGAAGCAACAGGACCAGCUGUCCCUGCAAGUAUAGUUUUCUGGAUAACAACAGGAAGUUGACACCUCGCCGAGAUGUCCCCCCUUACCCCAAGUACCUGCUCUCCCCGGAGACCGUAGAGGCGCUGCGCAAGCCGACCUUCGACGUCUGGCUUUGGGAGCCCAAUGAGAUGCUGAGCUGCUUGGAACACAUGUACCACGACCUCAGCCUGGUCAGGGACUUCAGCAUCAACCCCAUCACACUCAAGAGGUGGCUGCUCUACGUGCACGACAACUACAGGAACAACCCUUUCCACAACUUCCGGCACUGCUUCUGCGUGGCCCAGAUGAUGUACAGCAUGAUCUGGCUCUGCGGGCUCCAGGAGAAGUUUUCCCAGAUGGAUAUCUUGAUCCUAAUGACCGCAGCCAUCUGCCACGAUUUGGACCAUCCGGGAUACAACAACACGUACCAGAUCAAUGCCCGCACGGAGCUGGCCGUCCGCUACAAUGACAUCUCGCCCCUGGAGAACCACCACUGCGCCGUGGCCUUCCAGAUCCUCGCUCAGCCCGAAUGCAACAUCUUCUCCAACGUGCAGCCAGACGGGUUCAAGCAGAUCAGACAGGGGAUGAUCACAUUAAUCCUCGCCACUGACAUGGCACGGCACGCAGAGAUCAUGGAUUCCUUCAAAGAAAAAAUGGAGAAUUUUGACUACAGCAACGAGGAGCACAUGACCCUUCUGAAGAUGAUUUUGAUAAAAUGCUGUGAUAUCUCUAACGAGGUGCGGCCGAUGGAAGUUGCAGAGCCUUGGGUGGACUGCUUAUUAGAAGAGUAUUUUAUGCAGAGCGACCGCGAGAAGUCAGAAGGCCUUCCCGUGGCCCCUUUCAUGGACCGGGACAAAGUGACCAAAGCCACAGCCCAAAUAGGGUUCAUCAAGUUUGUCUUGAUCCCAAUGUUUGAGACAGUGGCCAAGCUCUUCCCAGCAGUUGAGGAAAGCAUGCUGCAGCCCCUGUGGGAAUCCAGAGACCGAUACGAGGAGCUGAAGCAGAUGGACGACGCCGGGACAGAGAAGACCGAGAGCCUGACAGGUGGGGGCCCUGACACGUCGAGGGAGAAAAGCGGAAAUGUGAAAAAAAGUGAAGACCGUGCCUGACGGAAGCAGGAGCGCCCGCGGGUGUUCGGGGCCCGGCCGCCCGACCGAGAGUCUGUCGCCCCGGGAAGAGCGGAUCCUCGCCACCUGACACCGCACGACCACGUUUUCUAAGAACCACUUUGUUC